AUGGAAUUAUCUAACCAGUCUACUGUGACAGAAUUUGUCCUGUUGGGUCUCUCGGCCCACCCCAAGCUGGAGAAAACAUUUUUUGUGCUCAUCCUAUCAAUGUACCUGGUGAUUCUGCUGGGCAAUGGGGUCCUCAUCCUGGUCACCAUCCUGGACUCCCACCUGCACACACCCAUGUACUUCUUCCUGGGGAACCUCUCCUUCCUGGACAUCUGCUACACCACAUCUUCAGUUCCACUGGUCCUGCAUGGUUUCCUCACUCUCAGGAAAACCAUCUCCUUCUCAGGCUGUGCUGUGCAGAUGUUUCUCUCCUUUGCCAUGGGAGCCACAGAGUGUGUGCUCCUGGGCAUGAUGGCGUUUGAUCGCUAUGUGGCCAUCUGCAACCCCCUGAGAUACCCUGUGGUCAUGAGCAAGGCUGCCUAUGUGCCCAUGGCUGCCAGUUCCUGGUUGGCUGGAGGAGUCAACUCCUUGGUACAGAUCUCUCUCGCAGUACAGUUGCCUUUCUGUGGGGACAAUGUCAUCAACCAUUUCACCUGUGAGAUCCUGGCAGUUCUAAAGCUGGCCUGUGCUGACAUCUCCAUCAAUGUCAUCAGCAUGGGGGUGGCCAAUGUGAUCUUCCUGGGGGUCCCAGUUCUGUUCAUCUUUGUCUCCUACAUCUUUAUACUCUCCACCAUCCUGAGGAUCCCCUCGGCUGAGGGGAGGAAGAAGGCCUUCUCUACCUGCUCUGCGCAUCUCACUGUGGUGGUCAUCUUCUAUGGGACCAUCCUCUUUAUGUAUGGGAAGCCCAAGUCCAAGGAUCCUCUGGGGGAAGACAAGCAGUACCUUUCAGACAAGCUAAUCUCCCUUUUCUAUGGACUUCUAACCCCCAUGCUGAACCCCAUUAUCUACAGCCUGAGGAACAAGGAUGUUAAGACUGCUGUGAGGGACCUGGCAGAUCACAAAUGCUUCACCCAGUGA